AUGCUGAAACUGUUCUCAUCUGCAACCACGCUACUCGCUCUGACGAGUGUCGGUGUCGAUGCCGCCGACAUGCACCGCCAUCUAGCUCGCCAGGCGGCCCAGUCGACCACGGCCAGGGCUUCGGCUUCGGCUUCCCGAGCUGCCACAACUGCCACUGCCACCGCAUCGCGUGCUCCCCUUACUUCGCUACCUCUGGCGUCUGUGUAAGUUUUUGUUCUUGGCUUCUCUUUUCGUACGGGCUGCCUCCUUGCCCUGCCGUGGCGCAUCUACGACUAUGUCCACUUGGGCUUUCCCUCCGGCGCCUUCGACUUCGCGCGGCGAGGUUGGCACGCGCGCUGCGGAGGCCACGCGCUCCGGCGGUCCUUGGUGUCGGCCCCACUGCGCCUUACCCCGCGCGCGCAACGUUUUCUCGGGCUUGGCGCCAGAUCGCCGUCCACGGAAGCUGGAUUGACACCAUACUUGUUAAGUAUUCCGUGCAUCAACUGAAUUUGACCGGACCCUACAGCUCAUUGAUUGGAUCCACGACCACGGCCGAGGUCACCGUGCCAUUGCCAUCAACUUACGCUGCUGGGUCGACACCUCCGGUCAAGAGGGCCCCUGUCCUCCCCAACAGUGAGUUUUCGACGAGGAUACAAAGGGCGUCUCGCAAACCGCUAUUCAGCUGCUGACUCUCCUGGCUCUCCGUUAUCUAUUUCAGUCUCGCAACUCACCCCGGCCAACUACCCUACGCUCGACAAGGUCCCGCCGACAAAUUCCCCCGAGGUGCAAGCGUGGAUCGCUCAGACCGACCUCGCGAACGCGCCUAACAUCCCCGUCACAGGAGUCAAUGGGUGCUCCAAUUCGACCUUCAACGCCGACGGACUCAAGAAUGCCGGUUCGAGUGGCUAUUGCUGGUGGACGUGCGGUGGGUGCACCCGCGCGACCGACAUCUCGUACUGCCCGACCAAGGACGACUAUGGUGUCAGCUUCGACGAUGGACCUUCGCCCGACACACCGCGCUUGCUCAACUUGCUGGCUGAGCAGAACAUCAAGUCGACGUUCUUCGUCGUCGGUUCGCGCGUCAUCUCGAGGCCCCAGAUGGUCCAGACCGAGUACAUGGAAGGUCAUCAGAUCAGUGUCCACACUUGGGCUCACUCCUGUCAGUGAUCUGCAGCAUUAUUUUCCCGCAUAUUUGGCUGGCACUACACUGAGACUUCCGAGCUUGUUCCCACUUCCCACAGCGUUGACGACUUUGACGAACGAACAAAUCGUUGCCGAGUUGGGUUGGACCAAGAAGAUCAUCUACGACGUCACCGGCGUGACCCCCAACACGUUCCGACCCCCUUUCGGAGACAUCGACGACCGAGUGCGCUACAUCGCCAUGAAGAUGGGACUGAGGCCCAUCAUCUGGACGAGGGCUAAUGACCAAGUCUUCGACACCAAGGACUACCAAAUCGGCGCCGGCACCGUCACGGCUGCUCAAGCAUUGACGAACGUGCAAAGUUUCUUCUCCUUGGCCCAAAACACCCUUUCGAACGGGAUCAUCGUCUUGUCGCACGACUUGUACCAACAAUCCGUCGACCUGGCCGUCAACUUCUACUUACCGAGCGUCAUUUCAGCCGGUGUUCUCAAAUUGCAAACGAUCAACUCGUGCAUCGGCGAGGAUCUCAACAACGCCUACAUCGAAACGAACGACAACACGACCGCGGUGAUUCAAUCGACUUCGACGGUGGCGGGUGCGACGGGGACGGGUUUCGUCGCUUUUGCAGCAAGUGCGACCACUUCCGGCUCUAGGCCGACGUCGACCGGACGUUCGGGGACAACUAAUGGCGCGGGUCCUUCUUCGACAGGGACCGGGUCCGCUUCGGCGACUACGACUGCGGGAUCGGGCGCCUCGACUUUGACCUCAGCUCAGGGCCUGUUUACCACCUUCCUCGUUGCCCUCGGUUUCGUCGUGGCAUAA